UUGGUAUUUAGAGCAUCUCAACCAAGCACACAAAGUAAAAUGGCUUUCAAAUUCAUCGCUUUCUUCGCUGCUUGCCUCGCUGUUGCCAGCGCCGGCCUCAUCCCAGCUGCUGCACCUUUGGCCGCCGUUGCCCAAGUUGAGGAAUACGAUCCCCAUCCCCAAUACUCUUACGGAUAUGAUGUUAAGGAUGCCAUCUCUGGUGAUUCCAAGAGCGCUGUGGAAACUCGUGAUGGUGGUUUCGUUCAAGGUCAAUACUCUUUGAAUGACGCUGAUGGUUACAGACGCAUUGUUGACUACACCUCCGACCCCAUCAAUGGCUUCAACGCUGUUGUCCGUCGUGAACCUUUGGUUGCCGCUGUUGCUGCCCCCGUUGUCAAAGCUGCCCCUGUUGUAGCUACUCCUGCUGCCGUUCCAUUCACCUAUGCUUCCGCCCCUGUCGUUCAACACUCCGCUCCAUUGGUUGCUGGCCCAGCUGUAGUGAAAACUACUUUCGCAUCUCCCCUUAUCUCUUAUGCUUAUUAGAUAAAUGCUUUCGGAUUGAUUGCGACUGUUAGAUUAAUAAAGAUGUGAUGACUAUUUUAUUUUAUUAGAAA